AUGGACUCAGACGUCGACGUUUCCCGGUGGGUCCUCGAGCUCCUUAUCCGAGACCGCGAGAAGGAGUGCAUUGCCAAGAGAGUCCUCGCAGUUGCGCCAUUCUCAGACCAAGACUAUCGCUUGAAGAAGACCGUGCUCCUCCGAACCAUCGAGUGCGAUGUCUACGACGCUUUGGUCACUGAAACGAUGCUAGAAACGCUUGAAAUGAUCGAGGAUUUGGAUAUUAGCCAAGGCAUUGCGACCACGGACUCCAUGAAAGCCGCGUACUUGGCCUUGGCCACUGAGUGUACGGUCAAGUUCUUGGUGGGCCUCAUGGGAAAGCCGAGCGGGAAGUACUUGGAGGCUGUUGAUCGGAUUUGGAGAGGGAGGGUUGGGGCUUUGGAGCGGUCAGAGACGAGCCAGCUGAUAUCUGCCGAAUUGAGGCAGAGAAUGGACGAGGUCGAGGCUGGGGUUUGGGAUUUGAGAGUGUCGAAGAAGUUGUCAAGGAUGAACACGAGGAACGAUGCGCUGAGAUUGGUUGCGGUAUAUGUGAAGGAAGCUUUGGCGUUAAUGGGACCUCCGUUUAUUACUUGGGCUGUAAGAUUGAAUGUGCCCAAGGAAGUUGCCGACUUGGAGGGUGAUCAGAUUGCAGUGGCGAAAGAGGCUAAUGUGGGUGGUGGGCCUGAAGCGGAGGCGCAAACGAAGAAUGGGGCUAAUGUGGGUGAUAGGUCUGAAUUGGAGGCACAAACGGAGAAUGGGGCUAAUGCCGGUGAUGGGUCUGAACUGGAGGCUCAAAUGGCGAAUGCUGCUGAUGUUGGGGGUGAGUCUGAAUUGGAGGCCCAAAUGGAGACUGGGGCUAAUGUUGGCGGUGAGUCUGAAUUGGAAGCUCAAAUGGAGAAUGGGGGUAAUGUGCAAAUGGCUAGUGGAACUAAUGCGGUUGAUGGGUCUGAAUUGGAGAAGGAAGUGGUUAAUGAGACCAAUGCAGGGGAUGGGUCUCAGUUGGAGGUGCAAACUACAAAUGGGACUAAUUUGGGUGAUGGGUGUGAAUUGCAGGCGCAAAGGGUGAAUGAGGCUAAUGCGAGUUGUGGGUUUGAAUCGGGUCCACAACCGAUGACUGGGGUCCAAUUGCGGGAAGUCGGGGCAAGGCGCAUGCCACCUACUAUGAGCCGGGAUUUAGUUUUGAAUGAAAUGGAUUCUGGAUUCACGAACAGAGAAGUGCUCAGGUUCGGUGAUGAUCAGGUUCAUGAGACAGGCGGGGGUUUGCCUAGUACGAAUAGGGAACUGGUUCUCAGUUUAGAUCCAACCACGAAGGAUAAAGAAAUUCAGAGGAGUACGGGACUUAGAUACAAGCACCUUGCUCAUAGGCGCACUAGAGGACCGGUUAGGAUUCGGGACGCUGAAGAUUUGGGCACAGACUUAUCAAAUAGCAAAUAUGAUUCCCUGUCUACCCCUGAAGUUAGCAAUGCACAAGAAGCACUUAGAUCCAGUAUUUUGGAGCUACAAGCAGUAGUGACAGAUCCACUUCCAGAUGCUUUACGAGUGGCUGAAACCAUAAGAUUGGAUUUGGCAAUGAAAUCUGUGAAUGUAGGGGCAGAAAAUCUCUCUGUUGAGAAGGGUGUUGGACCCGUUCAAUCUCAUAAUGAUAAUCUUGGAAAUAUGUCUGUUCCCCAAUCUAGUGGAAAAGAAAAGGAUGUACUAACUCCUCCUGUCAACCAGGGAAAAGGAACUGAGUCUGUUCAAGCAGAUGAUGCCAAUCUUGGAAAUCCGUCUUCCAGCAAUAAGAAUAUUGCUCCUCGACCAAUGACAGAUCCGCUUCCGGAUGCUUUACGAGUGGCUGAAACCAUAAGAUUGGAUUUGGCAAUGAAAUCUGUGAAUGUAGGGGCAGAAAAUCUCUCUGUCGAGAUAGGUGCUGGACCUGUUCAAUCUCAUAAUGAUAAUCUUGGAAAUGUGUCCUUUCCCCAAUCUAGUGGAAAAGAAAAGGAUGUACCAAAUCCUCCAGUCAACCAGGGAAAAGGAACUGAGUCUGUUCAAACUGAUGAUGUCAAUCUUGGAAAUCCGUCUUCCAGCAAUAAGAUUAAUGCUCCUCGACCUAGCUUGAUGGAACGUAAUAUUACUGCUCAUACUUACGAGUGGGAUGACUCAAUAGAUACGUCACAAGGAGCAAUGAAAGAUCCAGGCAGGCUUCACUUACCUAGCCCAAAGAGGAAUGCUGUUUCUCCAUUGAAGAAGUAUGAGAAUAAGAGAUUUACUAAGAGAAGAAAAGCUAAGAGAUGGAGCUUAUUGGAAGAAGACACCUUAAGGACUGGUGUACAGAAGUAUGGCGCGGGAAACUGGAAAUUUAUCUUGAAUAGCUACCGCGAGAUAUUUGAAGAGAGAACUGAGGUUGAUUUGAAGGAUAAGUGGAGAAAUAUGACACGGUAG